CCGUCCGGUGGGCGCCGGCAGGAGGCGCCGCGCUCGGCACUCGGGGUCGGCUCUGGAGGUCUCCGCCCGGGCGCGGCCGGCGGCGCGCGUGGGAGCGGCGCGGGAGGUCGCAACCUUGCCCCCCGUUUGGCUGGAGCCCUCGGUCCCUGCCCAGGAAGACGCUCCCACCAUGUUCUAUGGGGCUCACCUCGCCAUGUCUCCCCCCAGCAAGAGCAGGCUGAAGCGGCAGGGCCGGCUCUUGUCCAGCAUGCUUUCCCGCACGCUGAGCCACAGGUACCGGGACCCGGACGCCGCCUUCUCCGGCCUGGGCGCCGGCGAUGACCCCGCCGAGCUCUCCACGCAGCUCUCGGCCCCAGGCAUCCUGAAGGUGUUCGGGGACAGUGUCUGCUCGGGCACCCACUACAAGAGUGUCCUGGCCACCGCUCGCUCCAGCGCCCAGGAGCUGGUGCGGGAGGCCCUGGAGCGCUACGGCGUGGACCCCGCGCGUGCCGGCCAGUACGUGCUGUGCGACGCCGUGGGCCAGGCUGGGGAGGCCGGGCAGCCCUGGCAGGCCGCCUGCUUCCGGGUGUUUGCCGAUAACGAGAAGCCGCUCUUGAUCCAGGAGUUCUGGAAGCCCCGGGAAGGCUUAUCCCGGAGGUUCGAGCUGAGAAAGAAGUCGGACGUGGAAGAGCUGGCCGCCAAGGACGUGGACACUGUCACAGCAGGGAUCAACGCCCAGGCCCGCCGGCUGCAGUGGCUCCGCACCAAGGGGGCCCCCGCACCGGCCCCGUGGUCACCCCGGCUGCGCCGCAGCGCCAGCGACACCAGCCUGGGCGCACCUGGCGAGGACGGUGAGAGGAGCGGCCACGGGGGCCCGGCGCACCCCAGCCCCGCGCAGGCCCCGCACCUGCUCCUCCUGCAGGGCUACAGCCCACAGCACUGCGUGUGGACCUCGCCGGCCCCAAGUUACACCAGCCCCAGGGCGGCUGCUCCAGCCGAGGAAAGAAGCCGGGUGCCGGCACCCACCUUCUGCAGCUCGGUGCCGUGUGGCACACGGCCUGACAGCCUGGUGUACGUGCUCGGCCGGGAGCAGCACACGGUGGGCCAGAGGACGCCCGCCAGCCGGCCCAGCAUCAGCCUGGCGGCCCCCGACAUCCUGCCCCUGCACUGCACCAUCCGCCGGCGCCGCCUGCCGGGCCGUGAGCCCCCCGAGGACGCGCUGGUCCUGGAGCCCUCGCCCGGGGCGUCCGUCGCCAUCAACCUCCACGCGGUGGGCCGGCGGGGCGCGCGGCUGCACCACGGGGACCUGCUGGGCCUCGGCCGCCACUACCUGCUGCUCUUCAAGGAUGUGGCGCCCGCCCGGCCGCUGCCCGCCCAGGCCCUGGCCCAGGCCUGCGGCGCCCUGCGGGAGGCCCGGGGCACCCCCUCCCCGAGGCCGGCCGCGCCCCGGCGGCAGCAGCUGCAGCUGGAGUUUGAGCCCGAGGCGGAGGACGCGCUGCUGCGGAGGAUCCUGACGCUGGCGGAGCCCGGGGCGGACGCGCCCCCGCUGGCCCCGGCCUUCCUGCUCUGCCUCUGCGCCCAGCACGCGGCCGCCCGCUUCCCGCCCGGCGCCUUCGCCCGGCUGCUGCUCAGGGCGGCCCGGCUCAUCCGCGAGGCCGUCUGGGAGAAAACCAAAGAGCUAGCGGAGAAGCAGGCGCAACUAGCCCCUGUCCUCGUCCAGCCUGUGCUUCGCGGACCUGGCCCCGGACCUGCAGCACGUCCUGCUCUGGAUGGCCAACGCCGUGGAGCUGCUCUACUUCGUCCAGCAGCGGAGCCCGCUCUACAUGCAGCGCCUGGAGGAGGAGCUGAGCGCCUCAGGCUCGGAGGCGUCGCUGCUCUCCUGCACGCUUGCGGCCAGCGAGGAGGCCAUGGCGCUGCUGGAGGAGACCGUUCUCUACGCCUUCCAGCAGUGCGUCUACUACAUCUCCAAGGCAUCCUGACACGCUCGGGGGUGGAGGCGUUGCCUUCUCCCUGCCCUGUGGAGCCAGCCAGGGUGGGCCCCGGCGACGCCUCUGAAGACGGGCGAGCCCCUCACGCUGCAGCCGGGCAGAACCACUCGUGCCCCUGGCACCCCGAGCAGGAGCGGGGAGCUGGGGGUCCGCUGCGGUGUGGCCACUUCCUGUGGGCCCUGUGGGCACUUGGCCAGAGGAACUCAGCUGGGCUGGCUGGUCAGCAACCCCGACCUGGGCAGGGGGUCCCACAAACCGAGGUCAUCGGGCCGGGCAGGACGCGGGGUCGGGCAGCCCCCGGAGACGAGCGAGCUGCCCCCUCCCCCCAGGCCCUGUACGUCUGCCUCCCGGGCCUCCUGGAGGGACCCCCCUUCCAGACGGAGCCCUGGGAGGGCCAGGGCGGGGAACCCGUGCUCCCCGAGGAGCUGCGCCGCGUCGUGGCCGUCUACCAGGCUGCCCUGGACUUGCUGCGGCGGGCGCAGCUGCACCCUGAGGUGGCCUCCCAGGUGCUCGCCUAUCUGCUCUUCUUCUCCGGCACCCUGCUCUUCAACCAGCUCCUGGACAAGGGCCCCUUGCUGAGCUGCUUCCACUGGCCCCGAGGGGUGCAGGCCUGUGCCCGCCUGCAGCAGCUCCUGGAGUGGGUGAAGAGUGCCGGCUUCGGCUCCGCCGGUGAGCAGUUCUUCCAGAAGCUUUCCUGCACACUCAACCUGCUGGCCACGCCCAGUGCCCAGCUCGUCCAGAUGCCCUGGGCCGCCCUGCGCACCAGAUUCCCCGCCCUGAGCCCGGCGCAGCUCCACCGGCUGCUGACGCGGUACCAGCUGGCCUCCGCCAUGGGCCCCGUGAGCGCCUGGGAGCCGGGCACCCAGGAGAGCUCCGACGCCCUCAAGCCAGAGGCCGUCCUGGAGUCCUACGAGAACCCACCCCCCAUUGUCCUGCCGAGUGGAGGCUUCCAGGUGGACCCAGAGGCCGACUGCGUGGACGACAGCCUCUACCAGCAUGUCCUCCACCUCCGCCACUUCCUGCAGGGGCUGCAGAGCCAGGGCCCAGCCCAUGCCGCCCCCGAUGGCCGGCACUGCACCCUGGCUUCCGGGGACCUCCUGGACCCCAGGAGCAGGGGCACCCAAGAAGCUGGCCCCGCACACUCGCCUCCUCCUGGUGUGGCUCCCUGGGCCCAGGGCCCUCCAGGAAGACCACCCAUCCGUGGGAGCGCCCAGGCAGGCCCCGUGCCCACGGACGCCUCGUGCCUGCUCACACCCCCCAGCACCCCGCUCGAACUCGAGCCCGGCGGCCCCUGUGGGCAGAUGCUCCCAGAAGGGCAGAGGAAUGGACUUGGCAGCCCGUGGGGCAUGGCUCCGAAAGGAGACCCCUCCAGCCGCAGCUCCAGCCCCGAGGAGUCCUGCUGUGUCUUCCUGGUGGAGCUGGAGCGAGGCCCCUCGGGGCUGGGCCUUGGCCUCAUUGAUGGCCUGCACACACCCCAGGGCGCCCCCGGGCUCUACGUCCAGACCCUGCUCCCUGGCAGCCCUGCGGCCUGUGACGGGCGCCUGUCGCUGGGAGACCGCAUCCUGGAGGUGAACGGUGCCAGCCUGGUGGGGCUCGGCUACCGGAGAGCUGUGGACCUGAUCCGCCAGGGGGGGAAGAAGAUGCGGUUUCUAGUUGCCAAGUCUGACAUGGAAACGACUAAGAAAAUCCACCUCCGCACACCCCACUCCUAGGGCAGCUCCUGCAGGGGUUGUCGUCACCGAGACGCACGGUGCCUCCUAACAGUUAAUUUAUUAUUUAUACAAACAGUUGUGUUGUUACAAAAGCUUUUAUGUUUAAAGAUUCUAAUGGAGAAAUAUAGAUUCAAUAAAGUAUCUUUCACAUUCUCA